UCCAGUAACCGCUGGUUCCCAGUGUUGCCAGUGCGCGCAGUCACCGGUGGUUCACAGUGUUCCCAGUGUCCCCAGUGCGUACAGUCACCGAUGGUUACCGGUGAGGAGAGAGCGGGAGCAGCAGCGUGCAGCAGCCGAGAGACAGAGCACCGAACCCGGCCACGUUAUCCAGAGAGCUUCGGCCUUCCUGUGUGACACCCGCCGGCGCGUACAUUAUCGCCACUUGCUGGACAGGAGGAUGGAGAUGUAGAUUGGCAGACAACACCUCUCCAGUUAGUGGUCACACUGUACUUGAACUGGACAGUCUGAGGUGAUUGGCUCAGACAAACCAGUGACAGUAACAACCAGGAUCCCACUUAAAGCGAAACUGACUCGGACCUCCGUCUGAUUGGUUGGCUGAAUAUCAGAUAAAGGGUAUCUUUAAUGAGGAAGUGGACGGAGAGUCUUCGAGAAAAAAGACCCCGGGUUCGGUGCUCUGUCUCCGGGCUGCUGCGUGCUGUUCCACCCGCUCUCUCCUCACCGGGACCCAGAAUAAACUCCUGAUCGGACUGGUUCUGAUUUUUGCUGUAAUGGACGCAGCCACAGGACAGUCUGAGGUGAUUGGCUCAGACAAACCAGUUACAGUAACAGUCGGUGAUAACGUCAUCCUGCCAUGUCACCUGGAGCCUCCAUUCAAUGUGAGGACUCUAACAGUGGAGUGGACACAUGAUAGAGAAUAUGUCCACAUCUGGCGCCAUGAGAAGGACUAUCUAACUGAUCAGGAUGAGAACUUCAGAGGUAGAACAUCUCUCUUCCAUGAAGAAAUGAUCAGAGGAAACAUUUCACUAAAACUGACCAACGUAACUGAACUGGAUGCUGGAAGUUACACCUGCUUUGUUCCCAAACUGCAAAGUCAGGUCAGGAGAGGCUUCAUUAACCUCACUGUUGAGCCAGUGGGAGGUCAGACUAAUAAUACCAGUGGUGGCACUGGUUUUAGCACUGGUGCUAUAACCGGCAUGGCUGUAGGCAUACCUGUCAGUGUCUUUGCUGUCAUUGCCAUUGUUGUUGCAUUGGUUGUAUUGUGGAUGAAUCGUAGAAAGAUCAGACAAUCAUGGGCCAAUGUUGGGGCCAAUAUCAGUGUACGUUCUAUCUGCCCCUGCUGUUUCACUGGACAAGGGGUCAAUGAUGGGGCCAAUGAUGAGGCCAAUGCUGAGGGAAUGCCUAUGAACUUAAUUGCCAGAGGACAAGAGAGAGAAUAUCUUCCUGUACAGAUGGACAAUCCUGAAGCCCAUGCUGUAUAAUCUUUGAUUCUGUGACCCAGCUACCAAAUCCAAAUCUUUUUUCAUCAGCUACCUUCAGAAAAACAUCCUGGUUGAUAAAAAAAAAAAAAAAAAAAAAACAGCUUGCACAUUAAACAGAGGCCAUUUUAUAAACCAUUAAUUGCAUACAUUGAGUCUUUAGUAACUGGGACUAUGUUCCACUCUGUCUCAUUCAUCCAUUUCAUUCAAUUAAGCAAUAAGCACUGAGUUCUGGUAGACAAUGUUCUGACGUCUACAUGUGUUUUUCUAAAGGUUCAUACAGUCAGUACAGUCUGAAGGUAUGUGAGAGCUUCACAUUUAUAUUCACUGUAAACUGGAUGAUGAUAGCAGGUAACUUCCCCUGCUUGACCUCAUGGUGGCUCUUUAAGUAUCAACAAGUAUCAUCAGCAAAAUGUGCCAAGUAUCAAGUGUACUUUAUUUUAUGCUUCAUUUAGAUAAGAUUGGUUAAGAUUAGAUUCAACUUUAUUGUCAUUGAACAAAGUACAACCACUAAGACAAUAAAAUGCAGUUAGGCAUUUAGAUUCAAGCUUUAAUCUUUGACAGUAUAUACACUUUAAAGAAUGCUGCACAUCACACAUGACUGAUGUAACAAAACGUAACAACUUAAGACGAUUCAGACAAGAAAGAGAGACUCCACUUUGCACAGAAACAAUCGGUAGAAAUCCUUCAGAGAAACCAAGAGAGUACUUUAUAUGUUUAUAUAUAAUAUAUAUUUAGAGCUUGUUUUUACUUGAGUAAAGAAUGUGUGUAACUUCUGAAUGUGGGUCACUACAGAGCAGAGUUGAAUGCUGAUUGUGUAAUAUUCUUGAUUCAAGUGCAGCUGCAGGGAAUUAUUCAGAAGUUCUUCCUGAUGAGUUGAUUUUAUAAACCACUGCAGGGACAGAGUUAGUUUAACUGGAUUCAAUCUUUUCUGUCCAAUGCCAAUAUCCAGCUCCCUGUACUGACUGACACUGUAAUGGACUGAUUGAUGGAGGGAACAAUAAAAAGCACUUUUAUUAUUUUAAGGUGACAUUCUUAAAAAUCUGUGUGUAUGAUUAAUGUAUGCUUCUGUUUCCUUGUUACAUUGGUGAAGUAUUUAAAUUUUAUAUUGGGUUUUUAAAAUAUUUUUCCUUGUUGUGCUCCUUUAUUUUUGUGUUUUUGCUUAAUAUCUUGUCUUUUCUGGCCUUUGAAGCACUUUGCAACAUCUCUUUUAUAUAAAAUUCAGUCUGUCAUUAUUAUUCAACCUUUUGAUUUGCUCAAAUAUUCAAAACCAAAAUCACUGAUAACAGCUGUCAGUCAAACCUGUGACUGUUUGUGAAUAAAAAGAUUUUUCUUUUAA